CUUUCCCUUAGUACACUCAAACAGGAUGGGGCGCGUGAUUCGUGCUCAGAGGAAGGGUAGGGGCUCGGUGUUCAAGUCCCACACUCACCACCGCAAGGGGAAACCUGCCCUGCGUUCAGUGGACUACGCUGAGCGCCAUGGUUACAUCCGUGGUAUAAUUAAGAAUAUUAUCCAUGACCCUGGCCGUGGUGCCCCCAUUGCUGAAGUGCACUUCCGUGAUCCAUACCGCUACAAGACACGUAAAGAACUUUUAUUAGCAGCUGAGGGCAUGUAUUCAGGACAGUUCAUCUACUGUGGAAAGAAGGCAAACCUCGAUGUUGGCAAUGUAAUGCCAAUUGGUACACUGCCUGAAGGUACCGUGGUGUGCAACUUGGAGGAGAAGACUGGAGACCGUGGCCGUAUUGCUCGUGGGUCUGGUAACUAUGCCCAGGUCAUUGCUCACAACCCAGAGACAAAGAAAACUCGCGUGAAGCUUCCGUCGGGCACCAAGAAGGUUCUCCCCUCUGCCAACCGUGCUAUGAUUGGCAUCGUGGCAGGUGGUGGCCGUAUUGACAAGCCUAUCUUGAAGGCUGGCCGUGCCUAUCACAAGUACAGGGUGAAGAGAAACAGCUGGCCUAAGGUUCGUGGUGUUGCAAUGAACCCCGUCGAGCAUCCCCACGGUGGUGGUAACCAUCAGCAUAUUGGUAAGGCCUCCACAGUGUCCCGAGGCAAAUGUGCUGGUCGCAAGGUUGGUCUCAUUGCUGCCAGAAGGACUGGUCUUAUCCGUGGUACCAAAAAGGACCCUAGGCAUGCUGCAUAAAUUACAAAAUAAAUAUUCCAUGAAAAAAAAUGCAAA